GUUUCUGGACACAUCUACGGAGACGGCGGCAUCGUUGCUGAACAGACCCAUCCCUUCCACGGCAGGCCCUGAGGAAAACUAUGGCAAGCUGCUGUUGAGUGCUUUGCCGGUUGCCGAGCUUCGACGGAUGGGCAAGGGCUUGGGCAUCAGCGAGCAAGGUUUGGGAAAAGGCUCCAAGAGCAAACUGGUCUCCAGACUCUGCGAAGCAGCCAAGCAGCAGCGCCUCCUGCAAGUUCGUCAGACCGAGGGCUCUGGCGAGGCGCAGCUUGUGGCACAGGCCUUGGCCCAGGGCCGCUGGGUCUGCGUCGCACCCACACCGGGCCGUAGAGCUUUGGCAGUGCUGGGCGAGCUGUUUCGCCUGGAGACCUGCGGCGCGCCGGAUUCGUCCUAUGUCGUCUUCUCCACCCGCUGGCCCGACUUUGCGUUUCAGCCCGAUUGCUCAGCUCCACCACUCUUUGUAGAUCGCGCUUCGCUGGAUGCUUUUGUGGAAGCACGCAGCCUGCUUGCUGGCCUGGAGAGGCUCCAGAGGAUCCGCCCGUGCCUAGACCGCGCCAACGCGGACGCACAGAUGGCGGAAGAGGGCUUGCAGAGCGCCUUGCUGGCAGUACGCUUGAACGACUUUGAAAGCGCCAAAUUCCGGGAUCCGUUCCGGCGGCGCUUCACAGCUGCGUGGUGUUACGCUGAGGCCCUGCACCAUUCCGUGCUGCAUUCGCCUGCUGUUGGCCACAGGAUUGAGCUCCAAGCUUCCAAGAUCCGGCGCCUGAGACUGUUGCUGACUUGUACGCUUUGCCCUUCCCAACGUGGCCGGUGGUAUGCAGAGUUGGCCAAGGAGGUGGCCCGAUGCGAAGGUCUGAUGCCAGCCCUCGAGGUGGCAUCCGAAGGCUUGGCUGAGGGUGAAGACAAGCCUCUGAGUGUUCGUGUAGCUGUGGACCUCACUCUGGACGUUCCCUCCUCGCAGGAGGUGCCAUCGGAGGACACGGUGCAGCUUCUUCCGCGUGAUGCUCGCUGGGACCUUGCCAGACGCUGCCGCACACUGGCCCGUCGGCAGGCCAAGGCAACGGCUAAGGGCAAAGCUGCCGGCGACUGGCAGAAGGUGCUGCAGAAAACGCAGGUGGCACAGCUGAAAGCGGAAGGAGGAGAUGACGGGGGCAAAUGGCUUCCGAAGCUCGUGACGCGCCUCAUUGCGGAAGAAGAUGCUGCCACAGGACAAGUGCAGAUCCUAAGUGCGGCGAAGAUCGGGCUGCCUCAAGUCGCUCCCCCUGACAGCGGGAAGGGCACCGGACAGCGUCGCAUGUUCGACGGAUUUCAUCUGGAAGAGCUCACCGUAGAAGAGCUGGCCAUGCAGCACUACUUCAAGGCAGAUGGAGGCGGCUUCCAGUGUGGGAUCCACUGCGAGGGAUCCAUACUGAGGGACUUGUUCGGCAUCCUGAUGUUCGACGAGCUGUUUGACUGCUCUGUUGCCGACGCCUUCGUGUCUGCGUUUCAGGAUCCUGAAGGCGGUCCGCGAAGCUUGCAGACGGAGAUCUGGUAUCCGGCUGGGGAGGAAGCCAGAGAACUGCCACGGAACAGGUUCUCCGAAUUUCUAGGGCGGGGGACGAUUCCAGGAAGCAUUGAGGCUGCUGAGUCGUCUGAUGCCAUCGGCGGAUAUCGGUCAGGUCUGACAAUCGCAGAAUUGGAUGAGAGCUGGCCCAACAUAGCUGUUCGCGACGCGAGGUUGCGCGAUCCGACGCAGGAGAUUGGUAGCAAGCGGAGGUCGUUGAAAGAUGGAUGGCCUUUGGUAAUAUUUUCGCAUGGAUCAGGCGCCUACCGCGCCAGCUAUAUCUUCUUUACUGAGUUCCUUGCAUCUCAAGGAUUCAUAGUUGCAGCCUGUGACCAUCCGGGAAGUGCGCGAUACACUCAAGUGAAUGGACGCGUCAUCAAGCCUGGUGGCCAGCGCAGCGAGAGGUCGCAGAUGGAAGCAGAUCGACCCCUUGACGUCCUUUUCCUGCUGGACUCGAUGGCAAAACUUACAGAUGGCCAGGACAGUCGCUUUGCCGGGCGUGUGGACGUGAAGCGGUGCGCCUUGACGGGCAUGUCCUUCGGCGGCUGGACGGCUGCGGCAGCGUUGGAGUUCAACGAUCCACGGGUCAAGGCUGCUAUCCUCAUGUGCCCAUCGCUGAUGUCAGCGGAGGGACGCCUCACCAAAGAGCGGACCAACAGCCACACCCCGCUCAUGGUCAUGAUUGGCACCGAGGACACAGUCAUUGGCACUGAGGGAAACGCUCUCGGCCGAGACUUUGCACAGAAGCCGGAGGGCUGCAGCUAUCUCGUGGAAGUCAAGCGCGGAGGCCACUGCAGUUUCACCAGCUGCGAUCUGUACAACCCAGCCUACGGCAACGGGAUUGGGGAGAGCAAGAGUCUGUCCAAUCCAGGCUCCAUAUACACUCCCCUUGACAUCUCGAAGCAGCAUGAGAUCAUCAAUGGCUAUGGUCUGGCCUUCCUGGACAAGUACCUCCGUGGUGGGAAUGGUUCUUUCCUUGCGGAGAACCAUUAUGCCGAUGAAAUUGUGUACAAAAAGUCUUAA